AUGGAUGCUGCUUCCUUGCAGGCUGCGCCCCUGCUGGACUGCUUCAGCGGUCAGGAAGCAUCGCUCUUUCCGGAGCAUCUCUGCUGCGAUGCGGAGCGGUGGCCACCAAGCGGCUGGUGGAAAUGUUGGGGCGGCGAUUUCACUUACGAAAAUUGCUGCGGCGCUUUGCCGAGCUGCAGUGACGAGCUGGUGUCGGAGGUGUGGAAGUUCGUGGAUCCCAAUGCAGAGCGUACGUAUCGGGAGUUUUGGCUCAGCAAUGCCUUCUACAAGAUCUCCAGAGUGCGGAAAGAGCUGAUGUGCAAGAUUCCCUUUGUAGCCAGCCGAGUUUUAGCCUUUACAAACCUCGACUGGAUUGAGCAAUGGGAAGUUCUGAAUUUCCCGCGGCAAUGUGUGCAUAACCAUACGAAUUUUCAACUGGGGUCCAUCGUUGAUGCCAUGUGGAGCAUUUUCGAAGAACUCCCGCUGGAAGACUUCCUGAAAUCUGGGAAGUGGGCGGAGAUGAUUUUGAAGCGCCUCUAUGGACAUAGUAAGAAGACGGCCUACUACCUGCUGUCCGACGGCAUGUCGUUGCUCCCGGGCCGUUUGCCCCUGAGCGAUGCCUCCAUGACCCCAGAGGAUGAGGAGUUCCAGCGCCUGCUGCGGCGACGUUUGAAUCUGAAGCUGCCCUUGCCAAUGGCCGAGGCACAGCAGUACCUGCAGCGACCGCAGGCUUCGGUUUUCGGCCGCGUGGCCGCAUAUUUGGUUCUUGCCACUCUGCAAGUGGCGGCUCCGCGACGGGAGGCAAUGGAAGCAGCGCAGGAAUUGCUUAGUUCCGGCGGCGCCGCUUUUCGCGUCGCCGCUGACGCCUGGGAGGAGGCGGAGGAGGUGCUGGUGAUCUCGUGUCUUCCUGAGAUCGGUGCCUUACCGAAAGGUCUGGAGCUCCAGGAGCCUGGAUCCAGUCGGUUGGCGGAGGACGCAGGGCUGCCGUGGUCCCUGGAGCCAACUCCUGGACGGAAGGGAGACCAGGUGGGUGUUGCUGAUCAGCUCUGGAGCGAACUGGACGGCUGCUUGGCAACUCGCAACAGGCAUCUGACGCGGGAUCCGUUCGCGAAGCCUUGGCUCUGGCUGAGGACGGUUGCGUUUCGCGUUUCGACGACUCGAAUUGGUUCUUUGUUAAGGACACAUAUCUGGUAA